AUGUCAUUCGUCUGUUGGAAGUCCAACAACUGGAAUGACAAGGACAUGCCUGCUUAAUCUCGAGACUACAUUGUUGGACAGCUGCUGACUUGUUCUCCUGAGCGAUUUUCUUAUUGGCUUGAGUAUCACAAUAAGCCCGAGGGAUGUAUGGAGGAAGGGAUUUUUAGCGGAAAGGAUGUUCGACAAUUUGAGAAGAUUUGCAACACCAUGACUACAGAGGAAGGCUUCAUUGAGAAAGAAGAAGAAGAAGAGUAUGAGGACUUUUGUGACAGUGAUUCGGACACCUCAGGCUCGGAGGAUGAGUGUUGA